CCGGAUAUAUGUAUAGUUUGAUAACACAGGAAAAUAUGUUCAAUUGUUAUUCGGAAAUAAAAAGAUGAGUUCUCGAGCUAGUUAUGAAUCUAAUACAAGCCUUACCAGGACGCAUAGAAGGCCCAAUGUUGAUUCUCUAGGGGAAGAGAUUGAGCGAAUUUCUUCAGUAGAAGUUGAGGGAGUUGAGAGGAUUGAGGAGGUGGAUAGAAGCCGACACUCAGCAUAUCAUAUUCUUAGGAAAAAUGUCCGAAGAGCCACAAGCACAAUCCGUAGUAUGGUUAGCGAUAGAGGAUCAACUGAUGAUGAUCUAGAUAAUAAUAUGUUUUUGCAACAAGAAUUAACUGAAGAGGAGGUGCGGAAAAGACAGGAAGCCUUUGAAGCGAUGAGCAGAAAAUUAAAUGAAUUUAUGGACUUAGAGAAAAAGCAUUUAGAGCAUCUUGAGAAAAUUGUAGAGUUUCUAUCAGCUGUGGAAUUAGCUAAAGAUGACAAGUUUAUUGUCACAAUGCCGAAAGAUCUAAAGACAAGAUACAAAAUUGUGUUUGGCAACAUCAUCUCUAUUCGGGACUUCCAUAAGAACGGGUUUACUCAGAGCCUGGUGAGUGCCCUGGGGAAUCCUGUAGAGUUGACCCAUCUUUUCAAGAAGAGACAACAGAGGAUAAAGGAAUUAUAUUCUAAAUAUUACAUAAACAAACCAAGAUCUGAUUAUGUUCUAAACGAAUUCAGUGACUUUUUUCAGGAAAUGGAGCAGGUUCAACAGUUUGAGAGUAUUGGGUUCAGAUAUGACUCCGAGCUUACAGUUCCAGUACAACAUUUACAAAGAUAUCCAAUUCUUCUGGAAGGUUUGAUCUCUUCAAGUAAACAAGCAGGAGAACUGGAGUACAUGGAGUACUUUACUCAAGUAUACAAGAUAUGUCAUGAUAUAAGUAUUACAGCGAAUAGUAUGAUGGAAGCAGGAAGAAUUCAGAACCUGGAGUUCGAUAUUACAUCACAGGGAACUUUAGUACACAGAGGAACUGUUCGGUGUAAAGAAAACGGGAAGAAGAAAACAUUUCCGGAGAUAUUCAAGAAGAAUAAAGACAGUUCUUUUGAUGCCCACGUCUUCUUUUUCGAUCAGUGUAUUAUUAUUACAGAGUUUACACCAAGAAAAGUAUCUACAUCAGAAGAUGAAUAUAAAUUUCUCCGAAGAUUUAAUACAAACCAUCUCACGGUAAAAGAUGAAGGAAAGAGUAAAAAGUCCUUUGAGAUCUAUGAUACAGAUGACAGGGUCAGCCUGAGUGUAAUCUGUACAGAUGAUGAAGAAAAGAUGAUUUGGUUACAAAAGAUUAACGAAACUUUGAAGAGCUUGGAGAGAAUUGGCGAUACAUUAACAAAUCCUGGAGCUUUCUAAAUAAUUAUUUAAAUAUGUUAAAUUUGUAAAUAUUAACCGACCUUGGUCCUUUUUAAACAACUGUGUGAUUUAAAUAUUGUAAAAAAAUAGUCCAAUUAUUGAGCUUUUAACCAUUUUAAUUUUCAUUAUAAAUAAAUCAACCAA